CGCACAUGGAAACUCAUUCAUGCGGUGAUAAUAAAAAGACUCCAAUCCCCAGCGAGGACUCUUAAAAGAUUUUUUUUUUUUGUUCAAUACUAGCCAAACGGGGGGGAGUAGUCACAGCUGGAAGGGUAAUGUGAUGCGCAUGAAUUUACAACCUGGAAUAAGAGAUUAGUUAAACUAAAAUGGACCACUCGGUUCGUUUAGGCGAGCCUGAAUGAAGAACUUCCCGGUCCUACUAAGUUUCAGAGCGAAGACGCAGCGAGGGACGUCCAAAGAAAGAAAAAAAGAGAAAGGAAUAAAGUUUAGGCUUCGCUUUCUCUCAGUGGAUGGAGUUGGAAAGUUUCAUCUUCAGUUGUCUCACAAUGGAAGGACGGGCGCGUUUAGCUGGAAGUGGAGGCUUCCCGUGGUCAGAGUGGAUUACUGACUUUAGAAGAAAGAAGGCGCAGAACUCCAGGUUAUGAGGUUUGGUGCAGAGGUCUUUGGAUCAUUUGGAGAAAUUUCCCUUCCACCACCUGGCCCGUUUUCUUGAACGAUGAAUGUAUUUUCUGAGCUCAGGUGGGUGGACAGCAUCCUGUCAUCAAAACUCUUGUGAGUCAGUUACGGCCAAAUAAAAAAAUACGCUCUGCUAACUCACUGCUACUGAUGAGGAGCACACACCCCCCACGCGACAACUCCAUCCGCAGGGAUCGAACUGUUCCUCUCUCUGCCGGCAUUCACUGAACUACCACCCCCCGCCCCCCCCUACGCCACACACACACUGUUCUUCAGCCCCUUCUCACGCCACAACUGGAAGAAACCCAAUGUCUGCCUCCUCUCCUCCAUCCUUACCUCGAGCCUUUCUCCACUCCAUCCAUCCUCACCAAUCGCCCUCGCUGGGAUCGCACGGACAGAUCUAUCAGCGGCUCUCCAACGGAAGCCACAGUGCCCCCAGCCCCACCAACUCCCGCAGCUCCUUCCAUGGGGUGUCCUUCCUGCUGCAGAUUGGUCUCACCCGGGAGACGGUGAACCUGGAGGCCUGUGACCUCUCACUGUCCGCAGUCAAGGACUUGGUGUGCUCCAUAGUUGAUCAAAAGUUCCCAGAGUGUGGCUUCUUCGGCAUGUAUGACAAGAUCCUGCUGUUCCGCCAUGACCUAAAUGACGAGAACAUACUGCAGAGGCUGACCUCGGUGGAAGACAUCCAUGAAGGGGAUCUCAUUGAGGUGGUGCUUUCUGCUCAAGCCACAGUCGAGGAUUUCCAGAUCCGACCUCAUGCCCUCUACGUGCACUCCUACAAAGCCCCCACCUUCUGCGACUACUGCGGAGAGAUGCUGUGGGGUCUCGUCCGUCAGGGGCUUAAAUGUGAAGGAUGUGGGCUAAACUAUCACAAGCGUUGUGCCUUUAAGAUCCCAAAUAACUGCACGGGAGUGAGGAAAAGGCGUUUGUCCAAUGUAUCGCUGCCAGGACCCUCUCUAUCCAUGCCUAGAGUGCUACCUGCUGAAAAUGCAGUGGUUGUUCCUGAUGAGCCCCAGCGGUCCCAUCAGGAGGCGGGGAAGCGCAUCCUGUCCUGGAGCGGCAGGCCUAUCUGGAUGGAUAAGAUGGAAAAGACGCGGGUCAAGGUGCCGCACACCUUCGCCAUUCACACCUACACCAGGCCAACCAUCUGCCAGUACUGCAAACGGCUACUCAAGGGUCUCUUUCGCCAGGGAAUGCAGUGUAAAGACUGCAGAUUUAACUGCCAUAAGCGCUGUGCUUCAAAGGUACCGAGAGAUUGUUUAGGAGAAGUAGACUUUAAUGGUGAGCCAGCGAGCCCCGGGCCUGACUCUGAUACUACCAUGGAUAUGGAGGUGGACAGUGGGGAUAUGGAUGGCGGAAGAAGUCUGGAUGAUCCGGACGAACCAUCCACUCCAGACGGGAUGUUUGGCAUGGAUUCACCCUUCACCGAUAGAGAGAAGGAUGAAGAGCCAAUCAAGACUAUAAGUCCUUCAACCAGCAGCAACAUCCCACUCAUGCGGGUGGUCCAGUCUAUCAAGCACACCAAGAGACGGAGCUCCACUGUGGUCAAAGAGGGCUGGAUGGUUCAUUAUACAAGCAGGGACAACCUGCGGAAGAGACAUUACUGGAGGCUGGACAGCAAGAGUCUGAGUCUUUUCCAGAAUGACACAGGAGCUAAGUUCUAUAAAGAGAUCCCUCUGUCAGAGAUUCUCCAGGUGGAGCCGUUCAGAGACUACAGUAAUCUUGCACAGGGCAGCAACCCGCACUGCUUUGAGAUCAUCACCUCCACCAUGGUCUACUAUGUAGGGGAAAACAACGGCAGCCACUACCACAGCCCUGCACUAGCUGCCUCUGGAGUGGGUGUGGAGGUGGCCCAGGGCUGGGAGAAGGCCAUCAGACAGGCCCUGAUGCCCGUCACCCCUCAGCCGAGUGUGGCCAGCGCAGCCGGCCAGGGAAGAGAUCACAAAGAGCUGUCCAUCAGCAUAUCUGUGUCCAACUGCCAGAUCCAGGAGAAUGUGGAUAUUGCCUCAGUGUAUCAAAUAUUCUCUGAUGAGGUGCUGGGAUCAGGCCAGUUUGGCAUUGUGUAUGGAGGGAAGCAUAGAAAGAGCGGCAGAGACGUUGCCAUCAAGGUUAUUGACAAGAUGAGAUUUCCUACCAAGCAGGAGAGCCAGCUAAGGAAUGAGGUGGCCAUUUUACAGAAUCUACAUCAUCCAGGAAUCGUUAACCUGGAAUGUAUGUUUGAAACUCCUGAGCGAGUGUUUGUGGUCAUGGAGAAGCUGCAUGGAGACAUGCUGGAGAUGAUUCUGUCCAGUGAAAAGAGCAAACUACCGGAACGGAUCACCAAAUUCCUCGUCACUCAGAUCCUGGUGGCCUUGAGGCAUCUGCACUUCAAAAACAUUGUGCACUGUGACUUGAAGCCUGAAAAUGUACUACUGGCCUCUGCAGAGCCUUUUCCACAGGUGAAGCUCUGUGACUUUGGCUUCGCUCGUAUCAUUGGUGAGAAGUCGUUCCGGCGAUCGGUUGUUGGAACCCCAGCUUACCUGGCCCCAGAGGUGCUGCGGAGCAAAGGCUACAACCGGUCAUUAGACAUGUGGUCAGUGGGAGUCAUCAUCUACGUCAGCUUGAGUGGAACCUUCCCUUUUAAUGAAGACGAAGACAUUAAUGAUCAGAUUCAGAACGCUGCCUUCAUGUACCCCCCAACACCCUGGAAGGACAUCUCUGCUGAGGCCACAGACCUGAUCAACAAUCUUCUCCAAGUCAAGAUGAGGAAGAGGUACAGCGUGGACAAAUGUCUCAGCCAUCCCUGGUUACAGGAUUACCAGACGUGGCUGGACCUUAGGGAGUUUGAAACACGGCGAGGCGAGCGUUACAUCACCCACGAGAGUGACGACGCGCGAUGGGAGGAGUAUGCAGACGAGCACAACCUCCCUUACCCUAAACACUUCAUCAUGGCUCCCAACCUAGACGACAUGGAGGAGGACCCCUAGUGGUCAGCCAGCUUCACUGCGUAGAGGAAUGGGGAUGUCACCUGGGACUU